UCUCCACCAAGAGCGAACUCAAUAUAAACUCAUUCAUAGUGAAAGUGAAUGUGACCAGUAUUCACUUUGCUAUAAUGAAACGCAAAAAGCGCAAACUUUGUUAUGGAAAAGAAUCGUGCGGCAGUUUUUAUUUGUAUGCGGUGUUAGCUUCUGCAUUUUAGAAACAUCAAGCUCAAGCCAAGAGUUAACUGAGACACUUGUCUUGGAAGCGCUGCAACAAGUCGGAAGUUAUGGAACCACCUAGGACAAGGAGUAUGACACAGCCUGCUCCUCCACCGAGUCUCAACAGUCUUCCAACUGAACUGCUGGAACUGAUUUUCUGCAAUACAGAUGGCGUCAGUUUUAUCAGACUGCGAAGUAUGUGUAAGCGCUUCAAAGCCAUCAUAGACAAUAUUGAAAACUCAUCGAAUCCGUCAAUAUGGAUCAAGUUGUUGGAGAAGGAGUUUGUUCCAGAAUGUCUGGAGACUGUUGCGUGCACCAAAUACUGGCGACAGAUCCUUCCCUUUGCGUUGAAGACGAUGUUUGUGCAGUUGAAAGAGUCUGUAGGGCUCGUGCAGUGUCGUAGCUGGUUUACCCUUUAUGUUCUUCGCAAUAUGCACGUGCAUUUGACUGAAGAUAUUUGUUUUGUCGAUGGUGCUAUGAAAAUUGCUGAUCAGCUGAAAGGUCAUAAAAUUUUGAGAAUCAAGGGAUUUCCUGCCGAAUCAUGGCCACCAAUGGUGUACUUUACCUCCAACAAUAUAAAUGGCGAGGCAGUGAACAAACUGUGCUACGCAGCUUCACUCCGAACAACUGAAGUGGGACACAUCUCCACGGGAGCGAGCGUGGCGGGAAGAGUGCUUGGUUCCCAGUACUUUUGUCAUAUAGAAAAUGAAGUAGUCAACAUCACAUUAGAUGCACAUGUUCAGUGCUCAUGGAAUCAUUUCAAAGCUUUCUUUGGAAGAAGUUUUAAAGGCCAAGAUAAACUUCUUCUAUGGGACAGCUGGGAGCAAGACAAAUCUGUAUACAGCCGGGCAAUAGACUUUCCUGACAGCACAGUUGUUAAUAUGGCGAUGAGCGAAAAUUGGCUAGUGGCUGUGAAUUCAUCUUACCGUCUCGUGUUUGCUACAGCGAUCACGAAUUUCAAAGAAAACUACAACCCAGACAAUGAACCGCUUGAUGUGGUGCUGCCAAAGAUAUACGCGUGUUAUCAGCUGAGGAGUUGUGUGCAAAAAAUGGUUCUCAGGGGCAGUCUGCUUAUAAUCUUGACAGAUGAUGGUCUCAUCAGGAUUACUGACAUUUCUAAGAAUAAAGAGGGCAAACCAGUGUUCAGUGACUUUCAUCAGCUGGUAUUAAAAGGCUCUUCAUUGCAACCUACCAGGGCGAACACAUCAUUCUACCAUAACCGCGUCAGAGACUUCACCUUCUACGGACCCCUGUUUGCAGCUGUGUCUGAAGGAGGUCUGGUGUACGUGAGCUUUUUGGAGAAGUGCACAGUUCAGUCUUUUCAAGAACAUGCCUCGCAGUCGAUGUUGAUUGACGCGCCGACUAUGGGCACGACCACCAAAGUGACUAUGGAUUACUGCGGGGGCCUGACUCUUGCACUGCUGGAGCGUUACAUUGACAACCUCCAGUGGUCAUCUGCUGUGCAUGUGAUCUACGUUCACAAAGCAGUUCUGCCCUAAACAGAGUCCCAUCUUGCUUCCUGUUUUCUUUUAUGAGUUGGAAUAAGAAACUGUGGAAACUGUAAGUUGUUAUUUUGCUCUUGUUUGAUUCUUUAUGGAAGACAAGUGCCAGUGGGUGGUUGGCGGGUGCUCUGGUGUGGUUUGCUCCUUCUUUCCUGUCAAACAUCUGUCGUCCUUCUCUCC